ACAGAGCUCACUGCUUGUUUGGAUCCAGCUCGUAGGGACCCCAAGCUUAUCUGCUGCACCCCAAACCCACCUUACCCCCUGAGGGGGAGGAGACCUGAGAUUUCCAAGGAACACGCCAACGAGGCUUCUCUUUCUGCUGCAAAAAAUGAAGUGUGUUAAAUGUAAACAUGUGUCACAGGAUGUAUCCCCCAAAUUCUGCAGUGAGUGUGGGCACAGAAUGGCACCCCCAGAUCCCAGCACCCCACUCCAAGAAGAGCUGAAUGCCAACCUGCCUUCCCUUUCUGCGAUGGAAGUGGAAUCUGGGAAUGAACUGAUCACAAACGAAGCAUCUGCUUCCCAAUCAUCACUGAGUGGCCAACGGGUCGAUCUACGUACAGAUGAGCCUAAACCACUGGAAGAUGGUUUUCCAUCACAGAGUAAGAAAAAAAAGAAGAAGAAGAAGAAAAAGAACAGCAUUGUAGGUCUGGACUCCGGAGAUUCAUUGAUGUCAGAUCUCUCCAGCAUGGAAAAUGUCAGUUUGGACCAAAACGUAGGAAAUGAUGGCCAAGGGGAUGAAAAUGCAAACCUCCCCUCUCUUUCUGAGAUGGAGAUGGAGUCCGCACAAGAACUCAUUUCAGAUCCUCUUCCUUCUUCCAACGCACCCCGGAUCAGCCCGCCGGCUACCAAUGUACACGUGCGCGAGCCCGCAUCUCUGGAUGAUAGUUUAAAUGCUCCACCAAGUAAAACGAAAAAGAGUAGGAAGAAAAAUAAAAACAGGGACACAAAUAAUCCGGAAGGUAGUCAGCCGCCCUCUCCGAGUCUCCCAAGUUUGGAAAGUUUAAGCAUUUCUGUAAUUCCAGAAAAUAAAAAUGAGACUGGACAGCAGUUGGGGAGCUGUGAGCUACCUCAGGCUCCUGAAAGUGUUGGUCUUUUACCUCCAGGUCAAAGUGACUGUCCAGAUCCAGAUGGUAACCUGGAUAAACCACAUCCGCCAGAUGAAUCAAAGAACGACGUUCUGAUGACGGAAGAAGACAAGGAUGGUAAGUCAGCUGAAGGAGAAGGAAGUCUAGAGACAUCUACCAACAAUGAGAAAGAUAUUGACCAGAAAUCUGAAGAAAGUAAUGAUUGCAUAGCUACUGGGAGCAUCAAGAAUGAGUUAGCAGAGAAAACUGAAGGCAAGGCUAAAUCAGAUACAAAUGUACCCAAAGGGCAGGCCAGAGGGGAAACUCAGAAUAAGAAAAGACAAAGCAAUGAGCGAGACACAGAAACUACAAAGAAGGUCUCUGACAAACUGAAACAAGCCGAUAAUGUUAACAAAGGAAAACCUAAUAAGGAAAAUGAAAACAAGGCAAAAAAAGGCCAGAGUCUAAGCAAGGCGAAUGAAGGGAAAGCAUCCAUUGAAACCCACGUGAAAAGUGAAGCAAAAUCUCAAAGUGGCAAACAGGUUGUAAAGGAGAAUGAAACAAGUGAGAGUGACGCGAGUGACACAGUAACCGACAAAUCCACCAACGUGAACAGAGAAGAAACCGAUACAACCAAAACUGGUAAAGGGAAAGAUUCCAAAAACAAACCGCAACAAAACAAGACUGUGGAUUCCGAGAUGGAUAAGAGCAGUCCAUUAGAUAAUGAAAACCUGUCUAAACAGAAAGAGACACAAUUAGACGAACAGAAAUCUACUGGGAGCAAAGACCAACAAGGACCACGUACGAGAUCUUCAGAUCCAACACAUUAUAUAUCCGUGUAUUUCCAUGUUAUUGUUUCCAAUGAUUUUAAAAUCAAACCUGAUGAAGAUAAAGUUGUAGUGCGGGCGGAAAGGAUAAGUCAAUACAGCAAUUGGAAAGACAAUGUCUGUGUAAUGAAUUUCACAAGGAAUUUGGACCAUCACGGUUUCCUUUAUGAAGGUUGCGCAAAACUUCACAAAAGCAAUAUUGAUAAAAAUAUUCCAUACAAGUAUGUAGUUAUGCGUAAAGGCAAGGAAUUGGAGUAUGAAUACAUUUAUUAUGUUGAUAGUCAAGACCGCUCACAUGUGAAUCGUUGUCUUAACUUACCACCAUGGCUUACAACUGAAAGAGAAUGGCAUCAAUAUGACGAUAUUUGCAUGAAAGAAGACAAGGGUUUCUUCAAGAAAUUAAGAGAGGCUGGAAAAAACCUAAUGGGAUUGGUGUCAGACCAGUAUAAGGACAUUUAUAAAGCGAAAGAGAUAGCAGGCGAGGUCAUGCUUGAUAGUAUCUUCAGUAUUCUCAGCACCUGCGAUUCUAUCAAUUUGUCGAGUUUUUUUAAUCAGCUUCGCCAGUUUUAUCAUGUGUACACAAACCCGUUGUUGUUUGAUAAAUACCCGAUAAAAUGGACUGCUCUUGGAUUUGGAGACAAACAGGUAAAAGAACUGAUUUUGAAAAUGUUGGUGAAAGUCUGUCAGCCGUUCCUUCUAGAAGAGAAAAGCCAGGAAAAUGCAAUAAUAGCGAACAGGCUGCUGGCUGGGCUGGUUUGUCUCCUAGUAAUUCGAUCCUACACAAUGCAUCCCACCAAGGAUCAUCUAGCUCAACUCUGCUGUGUCUUGUGCUUAGAAGAAAAAUCCAGAGAACAUUCACUUCAUGAACUUGAAAAUGCAAAAGCCGUGUUCUCCGAUCUCCCAGGAAUGAAUAUGUUAUUGAGAGAGUUCUGUCAAAGCUGCAUUGAUAAAGAUGUUGAACAAUGGAUUUGGGUGCUUCCUUUGCUGCACAAGUUUAGUUCUUUAUGUGAACAGGGCGAUUCUACUUUAACAACAAAAAACAUCCAAGAGGAUGUCUGGGCAGGGCUAGAAGGACUCGCGUACAAGAAAUCUAUAAACCGUUAUAAAAGUGACCUUUUCCAGUUGAUGAUAAGUAAGAAGCAUUUGCUACAAACGGACAGGACAUUGAUUCGCUCGUGGCUAUGUUUGGUACCAAUGGAGGAAAUGAAUAAACUUUUAGACCAAAUUCCUGUACCCAUUUUGGAUGCACUUCGAUCUUUUUGCUUUAAAUUUCCCAAAGCUAAUUUCAGCGCAAAACAGAAAGCUGAAGAUAUUUUAAAGAGUUUGCUGAAGUUGAUGCAAGAUGUUAAAGACAAGAUUCCCAGUAAAGACAUCCUUCUGUCCUGUUGCGAUGCAAGUCUUCAGCUGCACACCGUUAUUUGUGCAGAUUUCGUGAAUAAUUAUGACUCGCCAGUACUUUCUGCAGGAAUCAUUCUAAACAUAAUCAGAAAGGCUUGCCAACAGGAAACCUGCAGUGAACCUAAUGCCGAAUCCCCAGACAUAGAACAUGCUUUGCAGAGAGCGUUACAUCUCACUAGAAAAUGGUUCCAAGAAUCGUUUCCACAUAAAUUAAAUAUAUAUGGGUCUUCAAUAGAUUAUGAAUUACAUGCCUGGAGCAGGUUUCUUUAUGCUGGGGAAGGUGUGACUUUGAAAUGGGAAGAAUCUCUUCUCUCAGUUUUGUGCAGAAAGAUUAAACAGGUAGAUCCAAUUGACCAGAUAAAGCUGUAUUGCAGCAGCCAAAAUACAUUUAAAGAAAUUCAUCCAUCUGUAGGUAAAAGUUUUGAGAAUUGCGCCAUUGAAGCCGUGCACAAUGCGUGCCAGUCUCAGAGAGAUAUUCUAACCCAACUAGAUGAAGGUAAUUUAGCUAAUUUCCGUCGACUGGUUUCUGCGAUUAUUGUCAAUUCUUGGCCAAAGGACCACAAGGAAGAACCUAUUCAAGACUUUGAUGUGAUUUUGAAGCACUUAAUGGAAUGGAAAGACGCUACUUAUAUAUUCAAACUGUUUGGAACUAACUCAAUAUCCCAAGAGGCAGAAGUCAUUCAAGAGCUUGUGGGUCUAUCAGACUCCAUAUUUCUUCAUGCAGCAGACAGCCUUCUGUUUGGUGAUGUGCAGAUCAAACGUCUGGAGUGUAUCUUAAAUAAUGAGAAGCAAUUCCUGUCCAUAUGUAAACUGAAAAGCGAUAAAAAUGAGGAUAUCAGUGUAGCAAAUGUGAAGACCGUGUUAGAGUGGAGACGCAAGGAAUUACAAUCACUAAAACGGGAGCAGCAGAAUGUGGAUUGUCUGCUGAAAAUGUGCGAGAGAAUUAAAGAGUUUGUUCCAGUAAAUACUUGUGACAUUGAGAAAACACACCAUGAAAAUGUAGGACCAAAAAGCCUGAAUCAGCUGUUGCCGAUAAAGAGACUCGACUCUCAAAAUGAGCCAAACGAUGCUUUCUCUUAUUACAAUCUAAGCCCCCCAGUUAUGGUUAUGGCUGAGAAGAUGAACAAGUUUAAACAAAGCCAUAUUUUAAUAAUUUCUUGGGUAAAAGAAGCUCAGCAUUUUGAAGAUUCACCUUCUGUUUACCUGUCUGACGAAGAAGAAGAAAUGGAAGAUGAUGAAGACCAAGAACUAACCCUUGAAGACUUGGAGAAAAAACUGUUCACACCUUGUUUUCAAACGUACAAAAAGCUGUAUGAAAACAUAAAAUCUGGCGAAGUAACAUUUGAGGAUUUGGACAGAUAUUUAAAGGAUUUUAAGAAACGAUACGCAGAACUGCAAGAGGAAUUACGCACCAUGUGCCAUUUAUCGAGCAGGCAUCACGGUCAAUGGAUCGCGGAACGCGUGAAGCAGAUCGAACAGUACGAUCAACUCAAUGAUGCCUUUAAAUCAGCCCAGAUCAUAGAUCAACUGAAAGCUUUCUUACAGCUCACCGGAGAUUUCCAAUCCCUUGACACACUACUGCAAUUUGGAGGUGACUUUGAGAGCUACAAGCAGAAUCCUCUGUCUUGUAUCAGCGAUGAAGUUAUGAAGGCAAAAAGAAUUCUGGCGGAAAUGAAAGAGGAGCAAGCGGAAUGUCUCCAGGAAGUCAUCGAAAGGAAGGACUUCUUUAACUGGGUGAAGGAAGCCUUAGAAGAUGUCAAUGAACUGAAGGUGUUUGUUGAUUUGGCCUCUAUUUCUGCCGGUGAGAAUGAUAUGGACGUCGAUCGCGUGGCCUGCUUCCACGAUGCCGUGUUGGGUUAUUCUUCAAUAUUGUACGAGCUGAAACCUGACUUUGGAUUUGAUAAAUUGAUGCAGUGCUUAAAAAAGCUGUGGAAGGCAUUGGACAGUGAUAUAAAUCUUCCAAAGAAGCUGAGAGACUCUGCUCGUCACAUCGAGUGGCUUAAAACGGUGAAAGAAAGCCACGGCUCGGUAGAACUGUCAUCUUUGUCUUUGGCAACAACAAUAAACAAAAAUGGCAUCUACAUCAUUCAAGCUCCGAAAGAAAACAAAAAGGUUACUGCAGACAGCGUUGUGCGAUUGGAUCUGCCAGAAGAUAAUGAUGAUGGGAACCUAAGAUCCUAUAAUCUGGAGGAGCUGAAGGAGCUGUUGAACAAACUCAUGCUUAUGUCCGGGAAAGGGGAACAGGGCAAAGUUGAAGUGGAAAGAUUUUCAGAGGUGUUUUCCAAUGUACAGAGACUGGCUAGUUCCUUCAUUGACCUCUAUUUGGCUGGAAAUAUAUUAUUUAGGACAUGGGAGGCAACCAUAUUUUGCUCAGAUGAUGCCAAGGCUGGGGUUAGAAUGACUUUCAAUGUGACGGGCAUCGAUGACCUGGAAGCUCAUGGAACUCUUACUGAACUGCUUCCAGAUAUCUGUAAAACCAUGGAACAUAUGUUGAAAGAGUGGAUAGAUUUUAUGAACAAAGAGCGAUCCCAGCUUUACUACUUAAACUACUACAGUUCAGAGCAGUUGGUAUACCUGUGCCAACAGUUUCAGAAAAGAAAAGAUAUGAAUGAGGAGGCACUUGUGAUGCUGUCUUUUAUUAAACGCAACUGCUCAAAAAUGGACACCGUUAAGGCCUUGUAUUACCCAAAGACAAGUUCAGAAAAGCCCUCAAUUGCAUUGAGUCGUCCUGAUAAGAUGGCCUUUGCAAUGAAGUUACAGAAAUGUGAAAAUCUGUUGGAGAAGCUGGGUGUGGUUUGGGAUUUCUUCAUGAAAUAUAUGAGCUCCCUGUUUCCUGACUGUUUGGACAUCGACCAACUUGGCAACUGCUUGGCAUCCUUAUCAGAUUCAGAAGAAAGACAAAUCAUUCGUGAGCUCCAUCCUAGUUUACAAAAAGGUCGUCCUAAUUUGGUUCUCUGUCCUUCAUCGGACAUUUUGUCUACUGCCAUUGCCAUAUACAUGCAGAGUUUAGAUCAGCCUCUGCCGUCUUACGAUGAGGUUCUUCUCUGUACAGCUCAGACUACAUUUGAAGAGGUGGCUUUAUUUUUCCGGAGAUGUCUCACUCCAGGUUAUAAAGGGAAGAAGAUCUAUUGCUUGCUUUUUGCUGAUGAACUUGGCUAUGACACGGCAUACAGAUCAGAACAACUGUUUCAGCAGCUGUUAUCACAAGGAAUACAAGAUUACCAUCUUGUCAUCGUCUGCAACAGUGACCGGGAGCAUUGCUACAUUCCCUCGGUCUUCAGCCAGUACAAGGUGCAUAUGAUUCCUCAAAGACCUCUGGCGGAUAUCCAGGAUUAUUUGAAACGCCAUUUUGCUGUAGGAAGUGAAGUCAUUUCUGGGGCUUCCUGUUUUAAGAAUGGAAUGAGUGUUGGCAUAGUGGCUUCCAAGAGGGCUGGAGUUGGUAAGUCUCUGUAUGUGAAGAGACUUCAUAAAAACCUGCAGACAAAAUAUCCCAGCAAAAGGCCGAUUCUCAAAACGAUCCGACUGAUAAAGCCCGAAGUGGACGAAAAUAAGGUGCUGCAAACUUUUCUUCCGUUUCUUCGAAGCGAUCACAAAGACCAACCCAUCAUCUUUCACAUCGACAUUACGUCUUCUGUUAACAGUGGAAUUUCAGAAUUCCUCUUCAAGCUUUUGGUUCUGCAGUACUUGGUGGAAUCAGAUGGAAAGAUAUGGAGACGGCAGCCCUACCAGUUAUACAUCAUUGAGAUCCUGGAAUCCCCUAGUCUCCUAGCAAAGAACCAGCCAAGAUCCAUCAUUCAUGCGAGGCAGAACAUGUUUAUUGAUUUUUUUCCGAAAAUAUCCUGCUGCUCCCCAAAAGAUCUCCUAGCAAGAAUCACAGAGAAACACUCAAAUGUAGGUCAAGAGGAUCCAGGAAUGGACAUUGAGGAAUUUCGUAGCGAGUGUUUCCAGAGACCUUUUCAGUACUUAAUUCGUUUUGAACAGAAACAGAACUUGGAUACUUUCAGAUACAUAGAAGGUUCUGUAGAAGGAUCCCCAGCAAGAUGUUUGCAGAUAUUUUUACUAAACUGCGGAAUGAUGGAUCCUUCUUGGUCAGAACUAAGGAACUUCACAUGGUUUUUAAACAUUCAACUUAAGGACUGUGAGUAUUCUAUAUUCUGCAAUCCUGAGCUUGUUGGAGAUACACUUCAAGGCUUCAAAAAUUUUGUAGUGAACUUUAUGAUCUUAAUGGCAAAGGAUUUUGCUACGCCUUCAUUGCAUAUUGCAGAUCAGAGUCCAGGAAGGCAGACCUUUAACUUGAGGGGCAUCCGUGAAGAAGACCUUGCACCUUUCUUGUUGCGUAAAACAUGGGAAUCUGAGCCACACCCCUAUAUUUUUUUCAAUGAGGACCGUGACUCCAUGACAUUUAUUGGGUUCCAUCUGCAUCCCAAUGCUGCAGGUGGCAUUGAUGCUAUAAACCCUCGAAAUGGAAAUGUGAUCAAGACAAAUGUCAUGACUCCACAACUGUAUCAAGGUUUACAGUUACAGAGAGUUCCUUUUAAUAUUGACUUUGACAAGCUGCCCAGACAUGAGAAAAUAAGCAGGUUAUCCAUGGUCUUGGGAAUCCAGUGGCCAUAUGAUCCUGAUGAGACAUAUGAACUCACCAUGGACAACAUUCUUAAGAUUCUGGCUGUAAAGAUGCGUUUCAGAUGCGGGAUUCCAGUUGUAAUCAUGGGUGAAACUGGUUGUGGAAAAACCAGGCUCAUAAAGUUUCUUUGUCAUCUGUCAAAAGGGUUUGCUCAAACAGAAAAUAUGAAACUUGUAAAAGUUCACGGGGGUACAAGUGCUGACACAAUAUACCAAAAGAUUUUGGAGGCUCAAGAAUUUGCACUUUACAACACUGAGAAUCAUAACUGUGAUACUGUGUUGUUUUUUGACGAGGCAAACACAACCGACGCCAUCAGCAGCAUCAAAGAAGCUUUGUGUGACCACACCGUAGACGGCGAGCCUUUAAAGGAGAACUCUGGAUUACAGAUAAUCGCUGCCUGUAAUCCUUAUCGAAAGCACACGGACGAAAUGAUCAACCGAUUAGAGUCUGCUGGGUUAGGAUACAGAGUUAAAGCAGAUGAGACAAAAGAGAGACUUGGAUCAAUUCCAUUAAGACAGCUGGUUUAUCGAGUGCAUGCUUUGCCCCCCAGCAUGAUGCCACUUGUGUGGGAUUUUGGACAGUUGAAUGAUGAGACUGAAAAGAAGUACAUUCACCAGAUUAUACAACGACUGGCAAAAGACUUGAGCCUUUCUCCUAAUGACAUCCAGCUUCUAACUAAUAUUCUGUCCUCCUCCCAGGCAUACAUGAGGAGAAGAAAUGAUGAAUGCAGUUUUGUGAGUCUGAGAGAUGUGGAACGUUGUGUAGAAGUCUUCAAAUGGUUUUAUAACCAUAGUGAAAAACUGUUGAAAUCCCUGAAAAACAUGAGCAUUAAAGUUCCGAGGCACCUAGAUAAAGUAGCAUGGUGUUUGGUGCUUGCUGCUGGUGUGUGCUAUCAUGCCUCUUUAGAAGACAAAGAGUCCUACAGGGAAGAUAUAUGUGAAUUAUUUCCUGUACCAUAUAACAAUCCAGAUAAUAUACUACAGGAAAUCACAAAUAUUCAGGAUCUCUUCUUAUCUGGUAUAAAAUUAAGAGAUACAAUAGCCAGGAAUCUUGCUUUGAAAGAAAACCUAUUCAUGAUGGUUGUCUGCAUUGAGCUUAAAAUCCCAUUAUUUCUUGUUGGGAAACCCGGCAGCUCAAAAUCCCUGGCAAAGACCAUUGUGGCUGAUGCCAUGCAGGGCCAUGCUGCUCAUACAGAGCUGUACAAGUCCCUAAAGCAAAUCCAUCUGGUCUCCUUUCAGUGCAGCCCUCACUCAACUCCAGAAGGCAUCAUAGGGACCUUUAAGCACUGCUCCCGCUUCCAAGAAAGCAAGAAUUUGAAGGAAUAUGUGUCUGUGGUUGUCCUCGAUGAGAUCGGUCUUGCAGAAGACUCUCCUAAAAUGCCUUUAAAGACUCUUCACCCUCUGUUGGAAGAUGGAUGCAUUGAAGAUAACCCUUUACCACAUAAAAAGGUUGGCUUUAUAGGAAUCUCUAACUGGGCACUUGAUCCAGCAAAAAUGAACAGAGGGAUUUUUGUGUCCCGGGGUGAUCCUUGUGAAAAUGAACUCAUUGAAAGUGCUAAGGGAAUCUGCUCAUCUGACAAAUUGGUUCUUCGUAAAGUUGAACCUUAUUUUCCUGACUUUGCAAAGGCCUAUCAAACCGUUUGUGAGAGACAGAAGGAGCAAAAUAAAGAAUUCUUUGGAUUACGUGACUUUUACAGUCUGAUAAAAAUGGUAUUUGCGAUUACCAGACACUCUAAUAUGGAGCCAGAUGCAGAUCAGAUUGCUCGCGCAGUCUUACGGAAUUUCAGCGGGAAAGACGAAAUCAAGGCCUUAAACAUUUUCAUGCCAAAAAGAGAAGAAACACUUUCUAAAGACAGGAUUAACACAAUGGACUUGGUGAUGUCGAAUAUUAGAAGUGAUAUUGAUGAGAAUGAAUGUAGGUACUUGUUAAUUCUCACCAAAAAUUAUGCUGCUUUACAAAUUCUCCAACAAGCUUUCAGUAGGACAGACCAACAGCCUGAAAUCAUCUUUGGUUCCAGCUUUCCGAAAGACCAAGAAUAUACUCAGAUCUGCAGAAAUAUCAACCGGGUUAAGAUGUGCAUGGAAACUGGACAGAUGGUCGUACUUCUUAAUCUGCAAAACUUGUAUGAAAGCCUCUAUGAUGCACUGAACCAAUAUUAUGUCUACCUUGCAGGCCAAAAAUAUGUAGACUUGGGUCUAGGAACGCACAGAGUAAAAUGUAGAGUCCAUUCAAAGUUUCGACUGAUAGUCAUUGAGGAAAAAGAAGUGGUAUACAAAGAUUUUCCGAUUCCACUGAUAAACAGACUAGAGAAGCAUUACUUGGAUAUUAACACAGUUCUAAACAGAAAGCAGAAAAUGGUUGUUAAAGAGCUAGAAGAAUGGAUUAAAGACUUCACUACAUUCAAUGCAGAGCAGCUUGGGGUUGAACCACAGGAAUAUACCCCUUCUGAUGUAUUUGUGGGCUACCAUUCAGACACAUGCGCCUCAGUCAUUCUUCAAGUCACAGAAAACCUGGAACAAAACUCCUCUGAAAAUAAAGCACAAGUGAAGGACAAGGCAAAGUUGGUCCUGCUGAACUGUGCUACUCCAGAUUCCGUUAUUCGACACGGCAACAAGGAGCUCAUUGAGGAAUACUUCAAGAGGCAGAAUCACAGUUCUCUCCUGGAUUUUCUGGGCAGCCAUAUCCAUUCAAGAUCUGCCCAUCACAAAUCCUACACAGAGAUCACAACCUUUUCACGCCUCCUUACAUCGGCCGACAAGAAGUUAUUAGAAGUUGGAUUACAGAGCCAGGUUGAAAACAUUGAAGUGCUGUCUCUGCAGCAGUUUGACACAGAAUAUUCCUUCUUGAGAAAAAUAAGGGGAUUUCUCGAAGGUUCCACUGGAAAUCAAAUACUGAUCAUACAGACAGACUUUGAAGAAGGUUCGGAAGGAGCUCAUCUUGUUGCUUCUGCAAAAUAUUCUACAGUAAAUGAAAUUAACAAGGUGAACCUCGAAGAUGUUUCCAUCUUUGUCUAUUUUAUAACCAAGCUUCCCAGAAUGCACGGUGGGACAUCAUAUGUCGGCUUCCGCGGAGGACUCUGGAGGUCCAUACACAUUGACGACUUGAGGAAAUCCAAGGAUAUGGUUUCUGAUGUAACUGCGCUACAAAAUCUCACAAUAAGCCAACUGUUCCAAGAAGAGGUUGACCAACAAGUUGGAACGCAAUCUGAAAAGAACCCGGGAUUGGAUGCCAAUGAAAUUGAAAUGAUAGAUGAUGAUGAAACCAAUGAUGUCAUGGAAAUCGAGCCAAACGCAGAGAAAGAGACAGAAAACCAAGAAAUGGAAAUUGACAUCGUCAAUGAAUCAAACCGAGACAUCUACAGACAAACACCCUCAUUCAAUCCUAAUGAUAUUCUAGACACCACUAUUCUGAUCCGGAGCUGUGUGCAGAACGCUAUAGGGAUGCUCAGGGAUGCAGAGAACGUGACCAGUCGCAGUACCAGAAGAGUCGAAAUACUGAUAGAUCUUUUGAGCUCACGGGACCAGAUGCAAGUCUCUUUCUUGAAAAUGUUAAAAGCUCGUCUUCACAGUAUGCUGAAAGAUCAGGAAAAAGUUGGAUAUGGGGCAGAGGAGUGGGUUGUACGGGAAGCAUCAAACCCCAAUGCUUUGCAGGAAGCUGGAACAUUCAGACAAACCCUAUGGAAACGUGUUCAGACCGCAGUAACCCCAAUUUUGUCUCAUCUCCUCUCCAUCGUGGACUCCGAUGCCAACUUGGACAAUUUAGUGGAUCCGCAAGUCCCUGAUUAUGUCAAAUCUCUGUGGAUGUCUAUUUUCUGUAAUGAAAACUUUUUAAAUAUAUCCUACAACCGCAAUGAAACAAGAUCUCAAAAUAACACCAUCCCAGUGAAAAACAACAUGAACCUCGGCCUCUGGAACAGGAAUCUGAUGCCUUUCAGCUGGAGAAUAAAAGACUAUUUGGAAGGAAUAUGGGCUCAGGCACAAAUUACCAAUCCUCAAGAUGUUGAAGACAAAUUCUUACAUAUCUAUGGCAAAGGCCCGUUGUGUCAGUACAUUUCAGAGCUGAAUGAUGAAGAUCAAUAUGAUGUCUUCUUGCUGUAUAAGAGAGACUUCAUUAUUCUGUCCAUGAGAGUGUCCUCCGCUACAGAACUAACGCUUAUGGAAAGUGCUGUUUCAUUGUGUAUCGAGGAGCUCAAACCGUCUGAAGACAUCAGAGAGCGGACUCUUCCAUGGGUGCAUCUUGCUUAUCAUAAGUUUCAACACAGGCUGCAAACUCUGUCUCGAAUUCUGGCCCUCAAUCCCUCUGUCAUGGAAUAUCUUGUUCAAAAAGCUGGAGAGGAAGACUCGAUGAUGGCCAAAGGCCAGAUGGUUGUUGAUAUUUAUGCCACUAUUGCCUGCUUAGAAAUGCUGAAAGAUUCUCUAAUGACACCGAACCCACAGGCCUGGCUGCGGCAAGUGAAAAAUGUGCAAAUGCCAAUCGAACUUAUCUGUUCUGAAAACUAUCUGCAGGGACAGAGCCAGCUGUGUGUGCCAGGGAUCACUGAAAUCAGAUGUAUGUGGAACGGUCUGUACUCCAUGGCGUUAUUCGUAGAACACGUUCUGCUGGGAAAUAAUGUUCAGGGUUCGGAGAUGAAGGAGCUGUUAGAAGUAAAUACCAUAUACCUUGGCAAGGCUUUAGAGAAUUUUACAGAUUUAAAAACCAUAGACCCAUUCAUGGCUGUCAUAGAUGUUCUUCAAAGGUGCAGAGAGGAAGUUGGGAAAUCGACGUCCAGAUUUGGAGUGCCGUUUUGCCUGAUCUGCCAUGAAGACCCCAAGGAGCCAGUCUGCCUUAAAUGUGACCAUAUAUUUUGCCAGUCUUGUUUAAAACAAUGGCUGAGGCCUGAUAGAAACAUCUGUCCACUGUGUAAAGCUGACGUGCCCGAGAACGACCCCAUCGUCGUAUCGGAGAAUAUCAGGAACGCCAUUAAGAAAAAUGUUCGAUUUAGGCAGCAAUGCAAUGCGUUCUUUAUUGAUAUCAUUUGUACCCUGUGUUUUAAAGACAACACUCCUCCUGACAGAGAGGUCAUUGAUAAUCUCCUCUCUUUACUCUUCACUACCAAGGAGAGUCCCACAGGCCAAAGCGGUUCAAGGACUUAUACGAAAACCCUUUCCCCAUUUGAUGAAGCCAUUGACAAAACGCCGGUAAUCCGCUCUGUCAUUUUGAAGUUACUGCUAAAGUACAGCUUUUAUGAAAUAAUGGUAUACGCAGAUAAUUACUUAAACAAAAUACGGAGAAAUACCUUUCUAACCAGUGAAGAUACCAUGGAAGUAUAUCUGCUGUUUGUCAACUGUCUAGAGGACUCUCUGUAUGAAAAGGGACAUGUUAUCCCCACCCAAAAGCUCCUUAAAGAUGAGGGGGAUUUCCUGAAAGACUAUAUACGAAAUAUCGGACGCCAUGGAUUAGAAGACCAAUCUAUGCACUCCCUUCAGGAGAUUGCCCGGAUUAGGCUGGCAUUGGACAUGGCAUCUGCAAUGUUCUCUGAAGAAAACGGACAAGUAGCUGCCAUAAGAGACUUCCUGCAACACGUAAAGAAUUUGUGCGCACAAUCCGGUAAUGAUUGGCACAGAGUGUAUUUAAUCCGCAAAUUGGCCAGUCAGCACGGGAUCGAAACUGUGCAAAAACUUUUCCGAGAUCGAGAAUACAGAUGGCUGUUUCCACCACAAAUCCUUCGCAUACAGGAAAGCCAAACCAACCAAAUUGACCUGUUCUUGGUGUGCGGGAAUCGCUACAAAUGUUUGAGAGAUGGCCUCGGUAAAGCCUUGCUGGAAUCUGCAGAAGAAACUAUUGUAAAAGCAGAGGAGGAAUGUCAAAGUCCUGAUUGGGAGCUGUCCAUCCACAUGGUUCUUGCGGUUUUCCGAGAAAUCACAAUGCAGUAUGGAGUUCAACAUGACCGAAACCAACACACCGUGCUGCUACAUGACUCGGUGAAGACCCAUAUUCAGGAUGUCUCGUUUCUUCAGGAAGUAACCACAAGGCAGUUUGUGCAUUCCUUACUCGAUAACAGCCGGCCCUUGCUGAAAGUUGCCCCCCACAUGCAGGGUGCACAUUGUGCCGUUAUUGGACUGGCCACACACCUUGCUGCGGUUCUGCUGAGCGUGCAAAACAAUCUUAUUGGCCCACUCAGGAAUUUAGCAUUUUUCCCUUACAAAAUGCAGAAUUCCUAUCUGCCUACAAUGCCAGAAGACUUGUUUUUCCAGUUUAAAGGGGCUGUGCAGGAAAAAUUGACUUGGUAUGUUUGCCGCAACGGUCAUUAUUCUGCAGUUGGAGAGUGUGGUCAACCAAUGCAGGAGGGAAGAUGUGUGGAUUGUGGUGAAGUGGUUGGAGGACAGAACCACAUUGCGCAUGCUGGAUUCCAACGAACGCAAGACAAUGUUGACCGAACACAGACUGGCCACGUUUUGGGAAAUCCAGAGCAACGAGGCGUUUCAGUGGCCCCAGACAGAAAUGUCCCUGUCCCCGUAUUUAUUAUAUUAAGGCUGGUUACUCACCUGGCAAUGCUCCUGGGAGCAGAGGAGGAUCUACAGAGUAUGUCUGGUAUUGUGAAGCCACCAGUCCCAAAUCUCGGACACUUCCUCCUUCGACAUAUUGCGAGAGAUCUGGAGCAGCUGAGAAGCACUCUUGGAAAAAGUGCAGAUGAGACGACCACCGUGAUACACCUGGUGAUCUACCGCCUGUUCCAAACCACUCAGCAGCAACAGGGACAUUGGCCUGUUCGCUUCAAUGAAACGUGGUCGACUAAGGAUGGCCGGAACGACUGGGAAAUCCAGAUGAAUCACCUGAUUGGUCCUGUACUUCAGACUUUAAAUGAAGAUCUUCGAAAAGUCAACGAGAUGAUCCGCAACGACGAGAGGAUCAGUUCCAAUCCAAUUGUAAAGAUCGUGUAUGGCGACCCCCUGAUUAAUGGCGACCCCAUGACUUUACCAAAAGACACUCGUCUUCACUGCUCCAAAGUCUGGAGCUGCAGGGAACGGAUCUCCAUUGGAUAUCUGCGCCAUCUGGUUCAGCAGAAAAAUGGGAAAGAAGCGUUUCCGAUACUGUGGAAGUUUUUAGAAAAAGAAAAUGAACUUAAGAUGGUAAAAUUCCUACCUGAAAUCUUAAAUCUUCAAAAAGAUCUGAUAAAAUUAUUCCAGAAUAGCGCAGACGCCAACCAACAACCAAUAGAAGAGUUCUUAGACGGCAUACAACUAGAGACAACACAGCACGUUAUAAAGUACCGAGUUGAAGAAUAUAUCUUUGUGUGGAAUCAUCUAAAACAAUCUCUACAUACGAAUGGUGAAAUAAAGCUUCCAGACGAUACGUGUGUCGAUCUCUCCAUGAGCAGUGAUGUGUCCUUCCUCCUUCCUCGCCGUCACGGCAAGGGGCUUUGUGCCACCGCCCUGGUCAACUACCUCAUUACCCUGCACAACAGCUUUGUACGCGCCAUAGAGAAAUUCACCAAUGAGGAGCAGACGUUCUCCAUUAACGCUUCUGACGUAGUGGAUCUGCAUGUGAUUAGUUACGACAUGGAAAGAGAUCUGAUACCCAUAAUCCUGUCCAACUGUCAGUACAGCGUGCAGAGCGGUCAGGGGACAACACAAGAAUUCGACCUCCACAAAAUUCAGCGCCAAAUCGCUGGCCGCUUCCUGCAGGGAAAACCUCUGAUAACUACAGUAGGAUUACCAACGUACACUCUUGCCCAUGAUUUGAACUAUGAGACCAUAUUUAUGGAUGUCAAGAAAAGACUGCCCCAGGAUUCUCUUCCAAAUUCCACCGUUGAUAGUAUAAGCCGAGACCUUAAUGUUUAUAGCGACGUCUGCGAGGCUCUGCGCAUUGUAAAUGUCACUUUGGGAUUUCUUGCCACGUCCGAGGGAAAGCCAGAAUAUCCUCUCUCGACAUAUGUAGAAAAAGAUCUACAGAUGGUGGAGGAGUCCAUCGUUCUCAUACUUGAGGCUCUGAAAAGGUGUCACUUGAAACACAUUAUAGCGGUUUGGCAGCUGCUUACCGCACUGAAGUCUGAACAUCUCCUGCGUCUGAAAAGGGACCCAUUUCAAGAAGUGGACAAAGCAUAUAAGCAGCGGCUGAACGAAGCUGGUCAGCAGAAACUUAACGCAUUCCUGGAACAACAUGGCUCAAACCUCUUCCUACUUGAACUGCAUGAGAUGAUCGUACUGAAACUUAAAAAGGCUCGGAGUACCGACGAUUUCAGACCUGCAUGGGCGUUAAGAGAUACAUUGGGUCCUUUAAUUGAAGGAAAAGAGAUCGACUUUCCAGAACUAGAAAACGAUUUUCCAGAGGAAAUCUGUUUAUGUCACUGCGUAGAGGCCUGGAAGAUCACUGCGGCCAAGAAGUGGAAUCGGCUUCGAAAAUAAGACCAUAGAUCUUACGGGUUUCCUGUAUCACUGCCUUUAUAAAUGCUGCUACAUAGAGAUUCCUUAUAGUGUUACUAAUUAUGGUAUGGCCCGAUAACUACGCAAUCACUGGAUCUGCUAGAAUACAAGCAAAAUGCACGGCAAUCCAGGGAUCCAUACAGUUUG